CAGAAUGGCAAGUCGAGUUGUUUUGACACAGGCCCUUCGUUGGACUGUCAGACACAUUAUUUCAUCUGGAAGAUGUCGUCUCCCGGCUCCUCCUCGUCUCCCGGCUCCUCCUCGUCUCCCGGCUCCUUGCAGCGGCUGCAGGGCGCUCUGCUCCUCCAGCAGCCGCCACCACCAGGACCCGACUCCUCCGUCUGGGAAAGCGGUGUCCGAGCCAUCUCUGCACUCUCUGGCUGAGCUGGGCUUCACGGAGGCCCAGGCGGGGCAGAUCCACCAGGCCGUGUCCUCUCUGAAGAAAAGAGGCGCCGGCAGAGACGUUUUGUCGUCGCUCACCGUCAUGCUCGUCCUGGGGUUCAACUGCAGCAGUGUGCUGAAGCUGCUGGAGAAAUGUCCUGAACUCUGCACCGUGAAAGAGGCCCAGCUCCAGCAGCGCAUCAACAACCUCAGGAAACUGGGUCUGAUUGAAGGCAGCCUGCAGAGGACGGUGGCUCAUUACCCCGACGUCCUGACGGUCCCCGUGAAGACGGUGAAGAGCGUGAUGCACUUCCUGCGGGAGAAGUGCCUCUUCACCAGCCAGCAGCUCACACACAUCCUCAGAGACAGUCCGCAAGUGGUCCUGGAGGACCUGGACCAGCUGGAGUACAAGUUUCAGUACGUCUACUUCCGGAUGGGCGUCAAACAGGCCGACAUGGUGAAGUUUCGUCUGUUCCGGUUCACGCUGGACGAAGUUCGCUGUCGACACGCCUUCCUGGAGCGGCGAGGCUUCUAUCAAACCCCGGACAAGAAGGGACAGACCCUCAUCAUCAACCCCAGACUGGACAGCGUCCUCCACUCGGACCUGGACUCCUUCCUCACACACGUGGCCCAGGCGUCCGCCGAGGAGUACCGCGUCUUUCAAAAACUGUUGGCCAGGGAGUGGAAGGAGGAGGAGCUGCAGCAGGGAGGGAUCCAGGCUGAGCGUGAGGAAGAGGAGGAGGAGGAGGAAGCUGAUGACGACGAGGAUGAAACGACAGGGAAUAGUGGAUAUAUGAAGAGGAGGAAGAGAUGAAUGAGACAAGCUGUCAGAGUUUACAGCAGAACGGAGCUAAUCACUGUACAUAUCUGUUUCUGUUAGAUUAAAAACCCCUGCUGUGGACAAUUCCCCCGCACUGCUGGAAAUAAAAGAUAAAACCUGCUAAUUUCACAGUCAGUGUUUUCUGAGGAAGAAGGAGGAAAUGUGUCUCCUCACACCGUCAACAUUCUGUCACUCUUCACCGCUCGGAGAGUCAGACCAGCUGCUUUUGAUAAGAGGAUCCUGGGAUUAGCGAGGAAGGGAAAGGAGACGCUCAGUACCUGACUUUAAGCAGGAUUGUGAGGCGUCAGGAGGCGAAUGAGGAGAGAAGCAGAGCUGAACUGCUGAUUGUGCAGACUGAGACUGUUUACAGCGCAGCGCAAAGCAGCUCUGUUGUUUGCAGAGGGUGUCCAUAAGGCUGGUGGUUAACCAGAUGCUCAGUGUCCUGUGAUGGACUGGAGACCUGUGGUAGUGUAACCUGUCCUCGACCGCAGCCAGCGGAGACUGGCUCCAGCUCUGCAACCCUGAACUGCGGGAAGUGGUGUCGAGGAUGAGUGGAUGAGCUGGUUUAGGAUUCAAGAAGGAAGAAACGCUCCAUUUCACAAGCUGUGGCCCGAUCGACACCAACGGCACAAAGUUCUGAGCGCGAGCGUCGUCACCUGGUGGCUUGGGUAAAAGCUGUGUUGUUCUGGUCUGCUCUGGUUGUCGGUCGGCCCUUCUUCUCACUGCCUUUACUGGACUUUGCUUCGAUUGAAGUGUUUCAUGUUGGGUUUCUGGUUUCUCCUCUCUAAAUUAAAGGUUUUCCCACAUGGUGUCGGACAUCGUGAGUCAUCGUCUCCCAAAACAAACAAUGACACCAGAUGUCUCAACUUCAGCCCUGAAUGUUUAACAUUUUCACUUCAAAUGUCCCAAAAUUGCAGAAGGCUUUCAUUUCACUCAUCUUC